CCAGUGCCAGACGCCGCGGUGGAAGGGGCCUGUUGCGCGCUCUCUCCUGGCACGGUUCAGCGCUGCUCGGCUUGGCGGGGGUUUCACGUCGUCGGUGUUCGGCGGGCGAGAUGCGCGCGUACGCGGGCGGAGGCGGCGUCGUGCGCCGGGCGUCCCUCCGCUUCUAGCGGGCUCCGUCGGCCGCGACAUGUGACCCGGCACGCGUCGGCUGCCUACUCCGGACGUUCGCGACUUCCUUGCUCUGCGCCUCCGGAGCGAACAUGCAGCUGAGUCACGUGGUGUUCACGCUGCUGCUGGGCGCCAUCUUCGGUGUGCUGUCGGCGUCGCUGAGCAAGGCGCUGCGCUACCAGGCGCCCGACGAGUGCAAGUGGGUGGCGACGGACGACGACGACGGCGACGCGGUGUCGCUGGUGUGUCGGCUGCGCACCAUCAACAGCGAGCUGGAGAACACCAACUUCUCCGUGAUCCAGCCGCAGCACACGGUGCGACUGCGGCUCGAGUGCAGCGACGCGCUGCUGUUCCAGAGCUCGCUGAGUCCGGGCAGCUUCCGGCCCUUGGUCGACCUGCGCGAGCUCGCCGUCGAGUACUGCAAGAUAGGCAACCUGUCGGCGGGUGCGUUCAACGGUCUGCGCAACCUGCGCAAUCUCACGCUGCGCACGCACAACACCGAGUGGUCGGCCAUGACGCUGAACGUGGAUCCGGGCGCCUUCAACGAGGAGCUGGGGCUGUUGGAGCAGCUUGACCUCGGCGAGAACAACAUGUGGACGCUGCCGGAGGGCGCGUUCUGCCCGCUGCACAGCCUCGAGGUGCUCAACCUGACGAGGAACCGGCUGCGAGACGUGUCCGGGUUCCAGUUCGGCCUGGCGUCGCCGUCGCUCGCACCGUCGGAGCGCUGCGGUGGCAACCUCCGAGUCCUGGACGCGUCUAACAACUCGAUCGACUCCCUGCACCCGGCCACCUUCUCCGGCCUGUCGCGGCUGCAGAGGCUCAACCUGCAGGGCAAUGUCCUGUCAUUCCUCGCCGACCGCGCCCUCGAGGGGCUGACAGCCCUUGUCGAGCUGCGACUCGCCGACAACAGGCUGUCCAACCUCCCGCCAGAGCUGUUCGCCGACACGAGGGACAUCAAGGAGGUGUACCUGCAGAACAACUCCAUUAACGUGCUGGCGCCAGGACUGUUCAACGACCUGUCCCAGCUAGUGGUGCUCGACCUGUCGCGGAACGAACUGACGGCGGAGUGGGUGAACACGGCAACGUUCACGGGCCUGGUGCGUCUUGUGGUGCUGGACCUGUCGCACAACAGGAUAGCGCGGCUCGAGACCUCGGUGUUCAGGGAUCUCUACAGCAUGCAGAUACUGAGGCUCGACAACAACCUCAUAGAGACGAUACCUGAAAACACUUUCUCCGCUCUCUACAACCUCCACACGCUCAUUCUAUCGGAUAACAAGAUAGCACUCUUGAACAGCUACAUGUUCAACGGCCUUCAUGUUCUCAGUCUGUUAUCGCUAGAUAACAAUGCUAUCAUGUCUAUUCAUCCUGACGCAUUAAAAAACUGUUCCAGUCUUCAGGACCUACACCUAAAUGGUAAUAAGUUAGUGGAAGUUCCAACUAUGCUCUCCGAUGUCCCGCUCCUUAAAACUUUAGAUCUGGGAGAAAAUCACAUAAUCAGAAUAGCCAAUACAUCCUUAAAUUCCAUGGUUCAUCUUUAUGGCCUAAGGCUGACAGACAACAACAUUGGCAACAUAACCAAAGGUACAUUCGACAAAAUGACAGCGCUGAAAAUACUCAACUUGUCUCGGAACAAGAUACAAGCUGUACAGGCUGGGACUUUCGACUCAAACAUCAACCUGCAGGCAAUUCGCCUUGACGGAAACGACUUGUCAGAUAUCGGUGGUCUGUUUACCAAGCUCCCCAAUCUGAUAUGGCUCAACAUUUCUGACAACCAGCUGGAGUGGUUUGACUACGCACUCAUCCCGACAGGUCUGAAAUGGCUGGACAUCCACGCGAACCGCAUUAAAGAGUUAGGCAACUACUUCGAGAUAGAAAACCAGCUUCAUCUCAGCACAUUUGACGCCAGUUUCAACCAGCUUACAGAAAUUACGGGCAGUGCAAUACCCGACAGUGUCGAAAUGCUUUAUCUCAACGGGAACAAAAUCAGUAAAGUGCAAUCUUACACUUUUUUCAAGAAGCCGAACUUAACGAAGGUAGACUUGUAUGGGAAUAAAAUAACCAGUCUCACACAGAACACACUAAGGAUAUCAGCAGUAACACCUUUGAAAACUCUGCCGGAAUUCUAUAUCGGCGGAAACCCUUACCAGUGCGACUGCAGCAUGGACUGGCUACAAAGAAUCAACGUGGACAACCGCGCGAGAACACAGCCACACAUCAUGGACCUGGAGAGCAUCUACUGCAAGCUGCACUACAACCGCGGCAGGAUAUUCGUUCCGCUGGUGGAGGUGGCGCCAUCGCAGUUCCUGUGCGAGUACGAAUCGCACUGCUUCGCCCUGUGCCACUGCUGCGACUUCGACGCAUGCGACUGCGAGAUGACGUGUCCGAGGAACUGCACGUGCUACAACGAUCAGUCGUGGUCCGCGAACGUCGUCGACUGCACGCACGCCGGCUAUGCGGGAAGCCUCCCGGAGAGGAUCCCGAUGGACGCGACGCAACUGUACCUGGACGGGAACGACAUCCGGUCUCUCGGCAGCCACGCGUUCAUCGGGCGGAAACGUUUGAAAAUCCUUUUCCUCAACGCAUCGAACAUCGACACCAUUCGGAACCGCACUUUCAAUGGACUGAAGGAAUUAGACGUGUUGCGUUUGGAUAACAAUAAAUUACGCGAGUUAAAAGGUUACGAGUUCGACGGCCUUGAUUCGCUAAAAGAACUUUACCUAAACAACAACAGACUAUCCUCGAUCCAUAACAUGACCUUUUCUUCCCUCACUAAACUGCAAAAACUUCACCUGGACCACAACCAGCUAACCGCGUACGCUGUGUGGCAUCUCUCCUCAGAACUGACGGACAUAACUUUAUCGGUGAAUCCGUGGACUUGCGACUGCGAAUACAACGAUGCGUUUCGCUCGUGGCUCCAGGUGGCUGCCACUUCUGUGAAAGACCUCACCGACCUGAGGUGCGUGCGGAACGCGGGGAACGACACGAUGAGCGAAGACGACGGCGAGCAAGGCUUCUUCCUACUGCACGACAACACGACUUCGUGCGUCGGCGCGAACACCAUCGAGGAGUUCGUGAACGCGACCGCGAACGAGACGAUAAUACAGCGGCAGGACGUCCAGGACUACCUGCCGCUGGUGAUCGCGACCUUGUGCGCGUUCGGGAUGGUGGUGCUCGCCACGCUGCUGGUGUUCGUGUUCCGACAGGAGAUGCGCGUGUGGCUGCACUCACGCUACGGCGUCCGGCUCUUUCACCGCAACACCGACACGGACGCCGACGACUGCAACAAGCUGUUCGACGCGUUCGUCAGCUACAGCUCCAAGGACGAGGCUUUCGUGGCGGAGGAGCUGGCGCCGAACUUGGAGCACGGCGAUCCCUCGUACCGCCUGUGCCUGCACUACCGCGACUUCCCCGUCGGCGCCUACAUCGCCGACACCAUCGUGCAGGCGGUGGAGUCGUCGCGGCGCACCAUCAUGGUGCUGUCGGAGAACUUCAUAAAGUCCGAGUGGUGUCGGUUCGAGUUCAAGUCGGCGCACCACCAGGUGCUGCGCGACAGGCGGCGGCGCCUGAUCGUCGUGCUGCUGGGCGACGUGCCGCAGAAGGACCUGGACCCGGACAUUCGGCUGUACCUCAAGACCAACACCUACCUGCGGUGGGGGGACAAGCUGUUCUGGGAGAAGCUGAGGUUCGCGCUGCCCGACGUGCCGAACAACCAGCGCCGGCGGCGCGCUGGCGGCAGCGUGCACCACGUGGUGCGACACCACGUGCAUCACCACAACAACCACCACGCCCACCCCAACAACGCGUCGGCGUCGCCGCAGAACCCGGGGUCGGCGCCGCGCGCUGUCGCCAUACACAUAUAGUGUCUGUGAUAACCACGAGUGAAUUCUCGAGUGAUCGCCGUGCCAGCACGGCCUAGUGUAAAUAUUCCUCCCCUUCCAUGGAGUUCCGUGUACAUAGCGUUCAGUGACGUGCUGUGAGAUAAUGUCGCAGUGACGAUUUGUAAAUAAAAGAAAGCGCACGAAAUAAUUUAUUGUGAUCAUGGGAGUGUUUUGUGACGUCCGUCCAAUAGGAAGUGAACGUGGCAUAGAAGUGAUCAUGGUGCUAUAUUCAUCUGUUCCUUCAGUCGACCAACUAAGGUAAAGCAAUAUUUUCAUGUUUUUCUACAGACAUUUUAUAUGCCUCUGGCUUAAUUUACCUUGUACUUAGCUAUACUUAAAAGGGUUUUUAAUUUGCAUAAAUUCAACGACUGUUUCCACAAAAAGAACGAACGCAGUAAUUCAUGAAUACAGUAGUAUACGAAUUCCCUAGUGUCCAAUUUUACGAAAGUGAUAUGUGGCCACUGUUUAUUGUUUAUAUAUUUUUAUAUAAAAUGUGAAUUAAAGGCGACGUACUUCACGAUGACAGAAAUAUAUUAUGUAAAUAAGUGCCUUACUAUUGAGGGAUUUAAAGCGCUAAAUAAAAUCCCAUUUUGAAAGUGACUCCUGUGUUAUUAUUUCAUGCAAAACUCCCGGAAUAGUAAAAAAAACCCGUAAAAGUUAUAAAACGUAAAAAAAGGAAGGAAUUUUGUUACAAAUAGUAAAAUUAUAUAUAAAGGUGGUCUAUAUUUAGCUCUGAAUGAAA